AUGGACCAGUUUUCAGUGGCAGCAAGAUACACGAGCUCGGACAGCGGCAGCCAUCAUAAGGGCCUGCACGCCAGGCUCUGCGUUGUUGGAGGCAAGCCUGUUGCCGCAUACGCCAGCCUGACCGUUGGCUCGGGCAUCGUGCAAGAGCUGCUGAAGGAGGGCGCCGUUGUGGUGGCUCCUCUGAAGACACAGGAGGAUGUGGAGCGGCUGCUGAGCGACUGCGAGGGGCUGAAGACGGAGCGGCUGUUUCCUUCGGUGAUUGAUAUUGCCACUGAGGAGGGGUGUGCCAAGUUUGUGGAGGAUCUUGUGGCAGAGCACGGCGCCCCCGACCACGCCGUCAGCAUCUUUGGCCACUUCUGGCAAGCCGGCUUGCUGUCCGAGCAGCCGCUGGCUGAGUUCAACAAAGUUGUGGCGGAGACCGCGGCGGCGCACUUUGUCUUUGUCAAGCACAUGGCCCCUGUGCUGAAGCAGAGCGCCAGCAGCAGCAUUCUGUUUGUGUCAAACGGCGCAGGCAAGAUGGUAAUCAGCAAUGAGACCAGCCUGUAUACCGUCGCGUCUGCUGCCAUCUAUGGCGUGAUCCUGGCGGUGCAAGCGGAGUAUGAGGAGCAGCCCUUCCGAGUCACCGAGAUGCGCCUGUAUGCCAUGUUCAAGCGGGCCUCUGAUCGGCAGCAACAACUUCAAGGAUUUCUAUGGCCACAAGGCGUACAGCAACCGCAAGGCGGGCAAGAUGGCGGUUGA